CAUCAUGGCGGUGUCGUCGACCAAGCAGCUGCCCGUCGCCCUGGAAUACGUCCAGUAUGAGCACCGGCUCGAGAGCCAGUAUCUGCCAGCCAUCCGGGCGCUCAUCUCAAAAGACCUGAGCGAGCCAUACAGCAUCUACGUCUAUCGGUACUUUCUCUGCCAAUGGUCUCACCUCUGCUUCAUGGCCCUGGAUCCCAAAGACUCCUCUCUCAUCGGCGUCAUCAUCUGCAAGCUUGAGGUUCAUUCCUCUCACUCGCCUCCAACCCGGCGAGGCUACAUCGCCAUGCUGGCCGUGGCAUCGCCGUUCCGCGGCCGGGGGGUGGCCACCGCGCUGGUGAAGAAGGCCAUCGAGGCCAUGGCAAGCCGGAACGCCGACGAGGUGGUGCUGGAGACGGAGGAGACGAAUACGCCCGCCAUGAAGCUGUACGAGGGGCUCGGCUUCAUCCGAUCCAAAAAGCUGCAUCGAUAUUAUCUCAACGGGAACAGCGCGUACCGGCUGAUCCUCCUGCUCAAGGCCGCCGACCCGGAUCAAGACCUCCACUACGAUGAGCAAUGA